UUUCUUUUGUCUGGAAGGCUUCUGCAGAGAGAACCCCCCAGCAAAGAGAGUGGAGACCUCAGCUUUAUAGGAAAUGCACAGAUACGACAUGGCUAUUCCUGUUCUUUCUCUUCUGGACUGGUUUGAUGUUCAUCACGGGCUACUCGGUGGCAGCAGGCGCCACAGCAAGACUUCUCUUUGGCUAUGACAGCUUUGGCAACGUGUGUGGCCAGAAGAACUCCCCAGUGGAAGGGGCCCCUCUUUCAGGGCAGGACAUGACCCUAAAAAAACACGUGUUCUUUAUGAACUCCUGCCACUUGGAAGUCAAGGACGUGAGGCUCAGCUCCACCAUCCUCUGCGUGGCCAGCUGUCCUGGAGAGCAGCUUGAUACCCUGGAAGAGGUCCAGCUGUUUGCAGACAACAAUGGGUCCUUCCUGUGUGUUUAUAGUUUGAAUUCCGUCAACUACACCCAGAACCCAAAUGCAGACUCACUGUGCCCCAGGCUACCAGUUCCUCCAAGCAAGUCUUUCCCCUUGUUUAACCGAUGCGUCCCUCAAACGCCUGAGUGCUACUCCUUGUUUGCAUCUGUUUUGAUAAAUGAUGUCGACAUCCUCCAUCAAAUUCUGAGUGGAAUAAUGUCGGGAAGAGACACAAUUCUCGGCCUGUGUAUCUUUGCAUUAGCCUUGUCUUUAGCCAUGAUGGUCACCUUCCGAUUCAUCACCACCCUCCUGGUUCACAUUUUCAUCGCACUGAUUAUCGUGGGACUGUUGUUUGUCUGUGGUGUCUUAUGGUGGCUGUAUUACGACUAUACCCAUGACCUCAGCAUAGAACUGGACACAGAAAGGGAAAAUAUGAAGUGUUUGCUGGGGUUUGCUCUUGUAUCUACAGUAAUCACGGUAGUUCUGCUCGGCUUGAUAUUUGUCCACAGAAAGAGAAUAAAACUGACAGUUGAACUUUUCCAAGUCAUAAAUAAGGCCAUCAGCAACUCUCCUUUCCUGCUAUUCCAACCACUGUGGACUUUUGCCAUCCUCAUUUCCUUCUGGGUCUUCUGGGUGGCUGUGCUCCUGAGCCUGGGGACCGCAGGAGCUGCACGGGUUAUUGAAGGUGGCCAAGUGGAAUAUCAGCCUCUCGUAGGCAUUCGGUACAUGUGGUGGUACCAUUUAAUUGGCCUCAUCUGGACCAGCGAAUUCAUCCUUGCAUGCCAGCUCAUGACGGUAGCUGGGGCGCUGGUCACUUGCUAUUUCAACAGAAAUAAAAAUGACCCUCCUGAUCACCCAAUCCUUUGGUCUCUUUCCAUUCUUUUCCGCUACCAUCAAGGAACAGCCAUAAAAGGGUCAUUUUUAAUCACUGUGACAAGGAUUCCAAGAACCAUUCUCAUGUACAUUUGCAGCAUUCUGGAGGGCAAGCAGCGUGGCCCAUGGUCCAGAUGUGUGUGCAGACGCUGCUUCUGCUGUUCCUGGUGUCUGGACAAAUGCCUGCGCCAGUUCAACCAGAAUGCGUACACCACAACUGCCAUUAACGGAACAGAUUUUUGCACAUCAGCACAAGGUGCACUCCAACUCUUGUCCAAGAAGUCAAGUCAUUUAACAUCUGUUCAAUGCUUUGGAGACUUCAUCAUUUUUCUAGGAAAGGUGUUGGUGGUAUGUUUCACUGUUUUUGGAGGACUGAUGGCAUUUAACUACAACCGUGCACUCCAGGUGUGGGUGAUCCCUCUGCUGCUCGUUGCUUUUUUUGCCUACUUUGUAGCCCAGAGUUUUUUAUCCGUGUUUGAAACUGUGCUGGAUGCCCUCUUUCUGUGUUUUGCUGUUGACCUGGAAACAAAUGAUGGAUCGUCAGAAAAGCCCUACUUUAUGGACCAAGAGUUUCUGAGUUUUGUGAAAAGGAUCAACAGAGUGAACGCGGUGAGGGCACAGGGUGCUGAGCACACAUCGAGGAACGAGGAGGGAGCGGAACUCCAGCCCGUGAUGUGAUAGGUGCCUGUUGGUUAGUUGUCCCUGGAAAGUUGCCUUCUUCUAAGAGCCAUUCACAGAAUAAAUGGUAAGGCUGAUGGA